AUGCCCCGCCACGUGCAUGCCGUGGCCCCAGACGGUGGCUGGGGAUGGAUGGUUGUUCUGGCAGGCUUUGUGCAGACAGCCCUGGUCUUUGGGAUGAUCCGCUCUUUCGGGGUCUUCUUUGUGGAGUUUGUAGAAUAUUUCAGGGCGCCCUCUAGCACCGUCUCCUGGAUCAUGUCCCUUGGGGUCGCCGUCCUUCAGUUUGCAAGUCCAGUGGGAAGUGCUCUCAGUACCUGCUAUGGGGCACGGCCAGUAGUCAUGAUCGGUGGGCUCCUCUCCGGGCUGGGUUUGCUGCUGGCCUCCUUCUCCGUCCACCUGACUCACCUUUACCUGACCAUCGGCCUGCUUGCAGGGUUCGGCUGGGCCCUCGUCUUCACCCCUUCCAUGGCCACCGUGUCUCAUUAUUUUGAGAAGCGCCGAACGCUGGCCAUGGGCUUGACUGUUUCAGGGGCUGGUGUCUCGUCCCUGGCCUUUUCCCCACUCUUCCAGUUCCUGCUGGACUCAUAUGGCUGGCGAGGCGCGCUCAUGGUGGUGGCAGGAAUGUCUCUGAACUUGGUAGCAUCCGGGGCUCUCCUGCGGCCCUUGGUCUUGGAAGGAGACCAAGUGCGCAAAGGCCAGGCGGCAGCUUCAAAAUGGCCCGCGACUCUCGCCACGCUCUUCAGCCUGGAGCUCCUGUACCACGGACCUUUCAUGUGUUACGUCUUGGCUUUCGUCCUGGUAGAUGCGGGGUACUUCAUCCCCUACGCGCAUUUGGUGGCCCACGCAAGAGAGGUGGGAUGUGACGAGUACCAAGCCGCCCUCAUUAUGUCGGUGGCUGCCGUCGCGGACAUGUGUGGCCGAAUCUUUGCUGGUUGGCUUGCUGAUUCUGGGGUCUUUGGCCGCCCCCUCCACAACCUGACUCUUUGGACCAUCUUAACUGGGGUGUCUCUUGCUCUGUUGCCCCUGGGGCACAGUUACAUCUCACUCGUGUUUCUGGGCAUCUGCUACGGGUUCUUUGCUGGGGCCCUUGUGCCUCUCCAGUUCUCUAGCCUGAUAGAAAUUGUGGGCACUGGACGCAUGCUUGGGGCUAUCGGGCUCAUGCACAUGCUGGAGAGCAUGGGGGCUUUGCUGGGGACCCCGCUUUCAGGGUGGCUGAGGGACCUCACGGGGAACUAUGCUGCCUCCUUCAUCACGGCUGGCGCCUUCCUCUUGGCCAGUAGCUUGAUCCUGGCCACGCUCCCAAACUAUUUCUCCUGCUCUAGGCCGUCGGAAGCCAAGGAGGAGGGUGCACUAAGGCCUCAAGACCAGGAUGCCUUGGAGUUAGGGGAGUUACCACAACAGGACAGAGAACUUUCACAGCUGGAGGCAAAGAGAGAGAAGUAA